AUGGAGGCUAUUUUCAACGGAGCAGCUUUCUGUGCGUGGUGGAGAAAUUUGUCGCCUCCAGAAGCGCAACAAUUUCUCGACUAUUCUAACGACUAUUACGUUUCUCGUGAGCUCGCUAAGCAACGGGCAGACGACGACGUGGAGCGUUAUGAAUCGUAUACCGACGACGGUCCUGCUGGUGGGUAUGAGUCUGAUGACUCUAAUUUGAGUUCGGAUAGAGAAGCAAAUAGUGAAGAAUGGAGUCUCACCGCUGAUGAAUCACUGGACCACGAUUUUAUUAGUGACGAUACCGCUGUCUUAUCCCCCACUACUACUUUUACGCAUUUAAUGGAGCGAGGGCCGGAUGCAGCGUACUUGGUAGCUUCUCAAGUGGUCCCUCCUCUCCUUACUGAUUAUGGCACUAUUGACACUGAGGAUAUCGACCACUGCAUUGCUCUUGCUGAAGAAAGUUUUAUUGCGCGAGACCAAACGCCCCCUCUGUCAGUAGUUUUUCAGGCAAAUGGUAUCUUCCCCACUCAAGUUGAAAUGUUGGCCAGUGCAUUAAAUGGAGCUGACACGUGA